GUGCCAUGGGUAUUUUACUCGUGUAUGAUGUGACUGAUGAGUCAUCUUUCAAUAACAUUAGAAAUUGGAUUCGUAAUAUUGAACAGCAUGCUUCGGACAAUGUCAACAAGGUUCUGGUGGGUAACAAGGCUGACAUGGAUGAAAGCAAAAGGGCUGUCCCUACCUUAAAGGGCCAAGCUCUUGCUGAUGAAUAUGCCAUCAAGUUCUUUGAGACUAGUGCAAAAACAAACUUGAACGUCAAGGAGGUUUUCUUCUCAAUUGCACGAGAUAUUAAGCAAAGACUUGCCGACAGUGACUCAAAGGCUGAGCCACAGACGAUUAAGAUCAACCAACCAGACCAAACCGGAGGGGCUGCGGCAAAUGCUCAAAAAUCGGGAUGCUGCGGGCAAUGAACGAAACUUCGUUGAGGGUACAUGUUCUUCUCUAGGGUGCUGUUUUGGUCCGUCAAAACUAAUUUUGUUAUGACUAUAUUAUUAUUGCUUGUAUUCUCCUGCCUAUCAUUAUUUUGUAUCUGCAACUCUUUGGUGUGAAAUGUUAGAUCCAUGCUAUUUUAAAA